UUUUGAAACACAUUCGGGAAAAUAUGAGGUAUUUUUGAGUUUUGGAUGGAUUUUAAUGAUAUAUUAAAAUAUAAUGACAUUAAAUGUUUUGUAUAUAAUACUCCAAUGGAACGGUUAUACAAACGCUUUGACUCUGUCGAUAAGUCGUAUUCGAAUAGGUUAAGGUUAGGCGUCAAAGCAACGAUGCGGAAGCCGUUCUUCAUACGUCGAUUUUGGAAGAUCAGCCUUUCCACGUUAGCGGUAGUCUUCGUUGUUCAUGCCAUACGAGUGCUUGUGUACACGCAAAAUCAAGACACUCAGAAAAUUUUAAACUGGUCAAUACUUCCGCCGAGCACUUCCAUGGGACUAAAAAAUCAGUCACACUCGUCGUGCAAUGAGCACAUUGUGCUUGUGCGAGGACUUCCACGGAUUACAAAAGACAUGCCAAGAACAACGAGUAAACCAACUAGGAACAUUGGCCUAGGUUUCCUGACUAUUGGAAUCAGCACUGUGCCUCGUGUUGGUACAAGCUACAUUGAAAAAACCCUUGCCUCCUUGCACGAAAAUAUCGUUUCAAGUGAGAUUUCUACCACCACCAUUGUGCUAUUCAUAGCGUCCUUAAACGAGGCGUUUGUCACACAGACUCUGAAACACAUCGACGAGAAGUAUUCGCCAAGUGUGGAGUCCGGUCUUCUGCAAGUGGUGCAGCCAUCAUCGAGUCAGAUGUAUCCAAAUUUUGGCUUAAUAAAGAAGCGAACUUUCAACGACUCUUUGGAGCGAGUCGAAUGGCGGACAAAGCAGAACCUUGAUUACGCUUACCUGUUUGCGUAUUGCGAAUCUCUUUCCGAAUAUUUCAUUCAGAUUGAAGACGAUGUAAUAACAGCUUCAAACUUCAUACAAGAAAUAAGAAAUGCAAUUAUAAGAUUGGAAAACAGCAAACCGCCGUGGUUUGAAAUCUCAUUUAGUAGCCUUGGGUUUAUUGGGAAGUUAUUCAGGUCACCAGACCUAUGUAUGUUGAGUAAGUAUCUGAUUUUAUUUCAACUUCAAAAACCUUGUGAUUUGCUGAUGAAUGAUCUUCGGAACAUAAUGCUGCAACCACAGGAAAUAAGGAACGAAAAGUCGUUGUUUCAGCACAUGGGAGUCGUGUCCUCGUUGCCAGGAAAAAUACAAAAGUUGGUGGAUACAGCAUUUAAAGAUAAACAAGCGACGUUUCUUUCUCAACAACUUCAAAAGGACUUAAACGGGCAGUUUAAAAUAUUUAAUACUUCGAAUCCAGCUGCAAACCUCGACACUUCGUUGGAAACAUUCGACGCGUUUAAUGCGGAACGUGCAUAUUUGAACACGAUGUUUGGCUUCUUCUGGGCCAAGACUCCCAAGAAAAACGAUUUCUUCAGAAUCGUUUUCCUGAAACCAGUCGGACUUAAGCGCAUCAAUAUAAAAACUGGCCACCCAACCACUAAACUUGAUGCCUUGACAGAUGGUGAGGUAAGGACUAACAACGGUUCAAUCGCACAGGGUGGAUGCGGGGACUUCAGCACGGUCGGAGCUUUCAAAAAUGGUCAUUUUGUAUACGAUUUCCCGGAACCCGUUAUCUCGAAUGGCAUUUGUAUUGUGGUAACUCAGCAGAUGAAAACCUGGCUGAUUGUGUCCGAGAUUCACAUAGCGGAAUAGUAGUUUUUUUCAAUCACAUACACAUAGACAAGGAUCUAAAAUAUAUAUUAAAUGUCAAAUAUUGACACAAAAUAUACUUACAAAAGCAAUGUUUAUACAAUGUACCAUGAAUUUUCGAUAACAAACUUUUUGACGACACAAGCUUUUCCUUGCUUGAAGGAAUACCGGUCCUUACCUGUGGUUUUCUUUCUUCCAUUUCGUCUGGUAAUAUUUUGUACAAUUAUCGUUAACGGAUGUUAUGUCACUUAACGGGGGCAUUAUAUGUGUCUUCGUUUACUGUGGAUAUUUGUCCGUAGAUGUACUUCAUACAUUUCUUUUGAGAAGGUUGGUAAAUGUUAAUUUGCGCUCUCUUUUAUGUUGUUAAUCUUAUAUAUUUUAUGUUAAUUUGAAGCAGAGUAAAUAUAAUUGUUAGUUAGCUUGUUCUUUAAGUGAUGUUGAUACCUAUAUACACUUAGUUUUGUUAAUGUAACAUGUUAAUGCAAUUACUAUAUAUAAUACGAGCUACAGUAUAUGAGCAAGUCUUUGUACAAUAAGUAUAUCUCUUUUUAUGAUGUGCAACAUUAUUUAGUGCCAUAUAUGCCCCGGUCAAAUAUUUGUGAUGUGCUAUUAUGGAUAAGGAUUAAUGUACAUGCGUUUACUCUUGGUGAAUAUAAUAUGGCAAUAAUGCGAGCAACAUUAUUCGUACAUCUGUGAACAAUGAGCAUAUUUCAUUUAUAAGUUCCAUAGCAAUUAAUAUUUUGUUUUAUGUUUAUUCAUUUAACCCAAUAAGAUUAUUACAUCAAACUUA